UGCGGAGGUUGCAUCUGCAUAGUUUUCCGUAGGGCGGAAUGAGCUAGGAGAGUGCCUGCGAGUUGUGCGCCUUAGUACCGGCUUGCGCAGUUCCGCUCGCAUCGUUGUCGCGGCCGCACGCGCACGCCGCGCCAUGAAUAAGUCUCUGUUUGUACUCCUCGCGCUCGCCGCUGUCGCCUAUGCCGACGAACCUCGCGGCUUAGAUUUCAACCCUUGGACAUGGCUAUCGGCCACGAACAGAAACAAAUCUCCCUCGAUCAUGGACUAUUUCUUCCCACCGUCCCGAACGCCCAAACAAUCAAACCUCGAUCCGCCCGCCGAUCGCAGGCCACCUCCUACCACGCAAAGUACGGACAGCACCCCGACAAUGACGACCCUAGAAGAACGUACUACGUACGCGAAAAAAAUCUCCACGAAAACUAAGUCGACUGUUCCGGCAACGAGCCCCACAGCCACGACACCACCAAAAACCAAAAAGGGCACUCGGAAACCUACCACGACACAUGAAACUAAAAUAACGCAGAGUAAAACGGAAACGAUCCCGCCGGCUACGAAAGACGCGACCGCUACUACGUCGAGGCCUACAAAACAUUACACAAUCCGAACCAUAGUUAGAACGACAGAAACCCCUACAGUUCAAGACGUAGACACGACACUGAAUACGGAUAGUACAGAAACAGUUUCCGCUGAUACGGCUGGUAGUACGGUAGAUGGGCCUAAAGUUACUGCUUCGACGGCGAACAUAGCAGACGAGACGAGAUCCACGGACGCCGGUACCGCGAGCACCGUCACCCUGGACUCGACCACGCAAACGGAGACUACUAUAGAACCGGCCGACAGUCGCGAAGGAUAUCUACCGCUGCGCGACAAGCCCCAACAAACUCAAGUCAAGAUCAAUGAGCAAAACAAAAAAGAGACGGUGCCUUUACCAGCAGGAUCGACUUCCGUGCUGGCUAAGCCAACAAAGUAUCACUAUUAUCCUCACAAUCAACAUAUCUAUUUGCUACCAGAAUGCGCUAUUCAACAGGUAUGCAACGCUGUAUACGUGAGAUUGAAUUACACGCAGCCGCUCUGUGCGUGCCCGGCCCGUUACCGUGAUCCGUGCUCGGCCAGUCUCAACGCUGACGAUCUGCAUACAACUCGGCUCGUUACCGAUUCCAAAAAGAAGUUUGCUAAUAAAGCAGUUACCCUCGUUAAGACCUGCGAAGCGGUCUCCGAGAUAAGGGAAUGCCGUGUCCCAAAGGACUGGUCGUUGAUGGCGUUGCAGAACAUUAGAACGGGAAAAUCGCACUACCUGGUCAUCUGUAGAUGUCCUAACAACUACAUACUAGAAGGGCCCAUUUCACACGAGCAACCAACGUACGCAUCCGUUCCCGGUAUCAGGGUUUACGGUAUGAUGUGUGUUCCUGUAACUACAACAGCCUACCAUACCGGAUUAUACAAUCGCUACACUGGAGUACAAAGCAGCACGGUCGGUUAUAAAGUGGACUAUUCGCAGCCCAAUUCAUAUUUGAACAAGCCAAUCUAUAACAGAUAUCCCGCCAAUCCGUAUCCAGAAACUAAUUUCUACAACAGAAGAUCCCGAGUGGCCAGAAUGAGAAGAGCAGCCACAUACCCACCAUUCCCUUGGUACAAAGUCUUAGAAUUAGCGAGAUCAUUGCAUUGGAUUUAGAUUAAUUUAAUUGUAAUAUUAAAGAACAAUUUGUUGAGUUCAUCGAGGCUUCGUUCAUUAAACUUAUUUUAGGGUUAGCUCUCUCGUACUUUCGGGUUUUAAUUUUGUUUUGUUGAUUAACAUGUCAUUGUGUUCGUGAAAGAAAAAAUAUUUAUAUGCCUAUAACUAAUCUAAAAGUUCUGUAAUUAGCGCAAUUCAAUAAAGAUGUGUAUUGAUGACUAAAAUUAUUAAAUCAGAAAUAAAUUUAAAUGUUUAUGGCGGGAUCAACCCUUUAGUAACUUAAAUUUGGUAUAAAACCUCUUUGAACCCAACGGAUACCAGAAAAGUUUGGUUAGUUCCGAAAUGAAUAUUCUGGAAUGUAGAUAAUAUGUAUAACCGAGCUGCUUUAUUAUGUUUUCCCGCCUUAAAUUAAUGUUUAACGCGGCGAAAGGGAAUCUAUGCCUACGGAAUACCUACUCAGUGUACAAGUGCAUUUACUAGAGUGUAGUUAAGAUUCGAAAAACGUAUAUAAUUUUAAGUAAAUUUUUAUCGGUGAUAAUCAUUUUAGUGUAUUAUAAAAACUGAAAUGUGUGUGAUGUUCUCAAUAACGAACGGAUUUAAGCUCUUUUAUUAAUGAAUAACUAUGUCUCGAUUGUGUUUCAUUUAAACAAGCUCAAUUAUUUAAAUUUAGUUUUAUUUUUGCCAGAAAAUUAGAAAUUACAAUGUCUAUAGUAUUAAGUGUUUCGGCUUUUAAAUUAGUAUUGCCCACCAUCACAGAAAAAAAUAAUUAAAAUUGAGUUUUUGUUAAUUAUUUAAAAUGAUUCGGUAUGUACUUCGAAUAUAGUAUAUUUUCAAAUGAAUUUAUCGUUAAGUAUUUUACAAAACACAAUAUUUAUUGAUCUAUUUAUAUUAAGCUAAGUUGUAAAUAGUAGAUUAAUUGAUUGCAGCAUUUGUAAUUACAAUAA